AUGUCUUUGUAUGAGAGGCAGGCCGUUCAGGCACUACAAGCUCUUCAGCGACAGCCCAAUGCGGCUCAGUAUUUCCAGCAACUCAUGCUCCAGCAGCAGAUCAGCAGUGCACAGCUACAGAACCUGGCGGCAGUUCAACAGGCAACACUUGCUGCAAGUCGGCAGUCCAAUACUCAGAGUAACAGCGGCUCCCAGCCUGCAUCUACAGUGAACCUCAGUACCAUGUCUCCUGGAGGGACCACUCCACGGCCACAUUGUGCCACAACAACAACAACGGCUCUGAGUCAGUCUGUGCUGAUUGGGGGCAACUCUACGGGACAGGGACAGAUGUAUUUGAGAGUUAACCGUUCUCUUCGUGCUCCUCCUCAGUUCAUCUUCAUGCCUGGAGGAGCAGCCACCGCGACAGUGGCGACCGUGGCCCAGACUCAGACGCAGCAGCAGCAGCAGCAGGACACCACAUUGAAUGGAGGAAACCAGACCGACAACGAUCAGGUACAAAACCUCGCUCUCCACCACGUGUCCACACCAAGGACACUAUCUAUUAAAUCUGAGCUUCCGGAGAGAAAAGACUGCUUAAUCCAACAGCAGGCCUUUGGACAGACCCAACAAGUCCAAUCACAGCCACAAGCGACCAAGCCGUUUAACCAGCUGCCCAACAUCUCUGUGAAGACUGGGAACGCCACCACCAUGACCGUGACCCCGGCUGCAUCAGUUGCACCUUCUCCUUCCUCCAAUGCGCUCCCCCUCUCACAGCUCCUCCUCUCCCCCUCCUCUGCCCCGGUCAUUCUAGUCCCUACAUCCAGUGUCUCCACCUCCGCACAGGGCUACCCCAUGGCCUCAGUAACCCCCAAACCCAACAUGAGCGCGCAAACUCUUGUGGUCCAACCUCUGCAGCAAACAAACUCGUCGGAGAAAGGCUGGAUCCCAGUGCCGAUCCAGCCCAAGACGCCUCACCGUUUGCCCGUGCAAUUGCCCCCCCGGCUUCCCACACCCAUCCUGCCAGCCCCCCCCAGCAGCGCGGCCUCGACAGGGGGACAUGGCGCGCCUCACGUCCCGGUACAAUUGGUGGGGGCCAGGCAGAGCGCAGGAGGAGGGGCUCAGGCUGUGGCUUUAGCACAAGUGCGGAGUAAUGUGGCUGUGGAACACACCCUUGGGGCAGUCGGUGUGGCCAGCAACACCACAUCCAAUAUGACAAAACCACUUGUCGGAUCCCUGAAGAGGAAGUCUGACUGUGACGUUCCCAGUGACAUCACAACGUCUGAACCACUUGACUCUUUGUCCAUUAAAGACGCUGCGCCGCCGCUGUCUCCUGCUCCAAAGGACACGGUGCCGCCUGCAGUGGCUGCCUUCUCCACUCCCCCCACUCUCUCUCUACCGCCGCCUCUGUCCAGAGUAGGACUUGGAGACAAAGAUCGGCCUGCUCUUCCUCAGGCUGUAGUCAAACCUCAGGUCCUCACUCACCUCAUCGAGGGUUUUGUCAUCCAGGAGGGAGCCGAACCCUUCCCCGUGGCCGGACUCCUCAAAGACAGAGAUUAUUCCCUCUUGAUGCUGUCAGAAAAUGGGUCUGCGUUGAUGAAGUGCGAGUUCUGUGGAAACCUCAUUCCUGCCCAUCAAAUUAGAGGAUCCAAGAGAUUCUGCUCAAACCCAUGCGCCAAGAGGUACAGAUAUAACAUGAGCUGCAGUCGGCAUUUCAGCAGUGGGAGGAGUGGAGCAGUGACGCCUGAGGGGCCCAGGCGCAGAGGGGCCCCACGCCGAAGCAGCUCUGACACCAGGUCUAACAGCGGCCCCAACCGACACCUGCCAAUAAAGUGUCACUCGGAGUCCAGUCACUCGGAGGAUGUGUCCAGUGAUGGGGAGGACGACUCUGCAUCAGUGUCUCGUUCCUCAUCGCGUUCUGGCUCCAGAACUGAGGCCCCGCGGUCCGACUGCUCUGCCCCCGGAGCAGGGCCUCUGGAGGGGGGCUUUCUCUCCUCCACACCGGCACAGUGGAGCGUGGAGGAGGUCUGCCGUUUUAUCUCCUCUCUACAAGGCUGUGAAGAGCUGGCUGCUCAGUUUUUGUCCCAGGAGAUCGACGGCCAGGCGCUUCUGCUGCUGAGGGAGGACCACCUCAUCUCCACCAUGAACAUCAAACUGGGACCAGCGCUCAAGAUCUGUGCCUCCAUCAACAGCCUGCGCGAGUGA